AUGGUGAAGGAAACGGGUUUCUAUGACACGUUGGGUGUAAAACCAAAUGCAACUCCCGAUGAACUAAAAAGGGCUUACCGCAAACUUGCUUUAAAAUAUCAUCCGGACAAAAAUCCGACAGAAGGCGAGAAGUUCAAACAAAUCUCACAAGCAUACGAGGUCUUGUCAGAUGCCAAGAAAAGGGAGAUUUAUGACCGUGGAGGAGAAAAGGCCAUAAAGGAAGGUGGACCAGGUGGUGGCAGUGGAGGAGGAAGCUUUGCAUCACCGAUUGACAUCUUUGACUUGUUUUUUGGAGGCGGGAGUCGGAUGCACAGAGAAAGAAAAGGCAAAAACAUAGUUCAUCAGAUUUCAGUAACACUGGAAGAUCUUUAUAAUGGAGUCACAAGGAAACUCUCAGUCCAGAAGAAUAUGGUGUGUGAGAGAUGUGAAGGUCGCGGCAGUCGUAAAGGGGCAGCCCAGAUGUGCAUGUCGUGCCACGGUACAGGCAUUCAGGUGCGUGUACACCAGCUGGUCCCAGGUAUGGUCCAGCAGGUGUCCACAGUGUGCCACGGCUGUCAUGGCCAAGGACAGCGAAUCAGCCAAAAGGACCGCUGCAAAGCGUGCGCGGGUCGGAAGAUCCUGCGUCAGAAGAAGAUUCUGGAGGUCCAUAUUGACAAGGGAAUGAGAGAUGGUCAGAAGAUAGUGUUCCAUGGGGAGGGAGACCAAGAACCAGGCCUUGAGCCAGGUGACAUCAUCAUUGUCCUGGACCAGCAAGAGCAUCCACGUUUCACCAGGAAAGGAGAGGAUUUGACCAUGUGUAUGGAGUUACAACUGGUGGAAGCUUUAUGCGGUUUCCAGAAGCCUGUCCAGACACUUGACAACCGAACUCUCCUUGUCACCUCCCAUCCAGGGGAACUGAUCAAACCCGGUGAGACAAAGUGCGUAUGGAAUGAGGGGAUGCCAAUGCACCGUCGGCCAUUUGAGAAAGGCAGACUCAUUAUUCACUUUUCGGUGGUGUUUCCCAAAUCCAAUUUCCUCCCAAAUGAGAAGUUGAAGGAGCUUGAGAGUUACCUUCCAGUGAAAGUGGGCGCGGAGCAACCUGAGAGCAUGGACGACGACCUCUACAUCUACGCUGACCUUGAAGACUGUGACCUCAGCAACAGGAAACGGCACAGGCAUCAGCACUACUACAUGGAUGAAGAUGACUAUGCCAGCACCGGAGGUGUUCAGUGCCAGACGUCUUAA